AUGUUGAGAAAGGGUUUAUCGUUGAAUGUUGCCUCAUCCCUCAUGAUGAAGAGGUUUUGCGCUAAUACUUCAAUGACUUCAUCGGUCUUAUCAUCAGUUCCAUCAUCAUUAAUUCCAUCUACUCACACUUCACAAAUUCAAAUUUUAUGUUCUUCUCUGACACAACAACAAAUAAGAGAAAGAAAAAAGCAAAAAGUCAGAAGAAAGCUUCCAUCCGGCAAGGAAACUUUUGAAACCUUCCUUGAAGGACCAGAGGAAAAGUGGAAGAAUCCAGCUAAAGAAAUUAAAGAUACAACAAAGAGUGGCCUCAAACCAGCUAUUCGUGAACUUCUUAUCAUUAGAGACAACAAACUCUCAUUUGCUGGUGAAGUAGUGAAAAUGCAAGCAGCCAAGGCCUGGAGAUUUUUGGCAAGUAAUCCGCCAAAAGCUGUCUUGAAUACACCAGAAAACAGAGAACUUUACAAGGAUUUAUUAUCAAACCCAGAGGAAUUAGCAGCAAAGAGAGACGCCUUCAAUAAGAGAUAUAUUUUACAACGUUGCGUAGUCAAGAUGUGGAGAAAGACUGAAGGAGCAGACAUGUCUUACUAUUGGGCAAUCACAAAACGUGAUGUUGCCAAUUAUGUUUGGUGUGUUUAUCAUAUCGCCAUCAAGGAAGAAGAUAUCAGCUUCCCAGGUGAACAAAAGAAUAGUGAAGGUUCCUAUCAUCCAAUCAGAAAACCAGGAUAUUACUGUGUUUAUGUUGAUUUGAAGGAUGGUCAAUCACCAGUACUUGUAAGAGUAUACUUACCAAUUAACGACAAGGCUAAGACAUACCGUGGUAAAUCAGUUAUCGGAUACGUUUAA